UUGUCGAAAUGACUACCGUUUUUCAUAGAACAUUAAGGCCUAUCUUUUUUUAUCCAAGUGUAUAGGUUUAAUUGAUAUUUCUUAUAGAAUGGAAACCACAGGUUUAUUAGUUCAUCAUUUCUCUAUGUUUCACAUAUGUUUUGAAAUAACACGGCUUAUUGUACUGUCGAUGUUAAGUUAUAGGUACUUUUAUCAAUUUGGCUCAAAAAUUCAUAUAAUCCAGGUUAUUACUAUACUAAAAUUUUGGACUAAUAUUAUUGCUGCUAGACUAUCAAACUAUUGGAUAAUCAAAUUUAUUAAUGGUAUGAUUGAGUUUGAUCGAAAACUAACACCAUUUUCAACCAGAUUGUUGAGCAAACAGCGUUCAUUCACCAAAAGGCAAUGGGAUAUAUUUUUAAUUUCAUUUUUUCUAUAUUUUAUUAUAUUUUCAUUCUUAGGUUUUUUUUUGAUUCCCUUAAAGGCUAUAGACAUUUCUGUUUUAACAUUUAUUCUAUUUAUUCCACCAUUUUUAUUGGAUUACGUUAUUACGAGUUUUUUGUGUUAUUUGCUUCACAACCUACAUGUCAGAUUCGGGACGUUAAACGAUUUAUGGGAAUGUCUUCCUGCUGAACUGGCAGUCUAUCAUACCCUAUGGAAACACAUUGAUAUAGUGAUUUUUAUGGAAAAAACGCGGUUGUUACACUCCGAACUCUGUGAAUUGUUAAACAAAUUUACUAUAGGAUUUGGUCCAUUGCUUUUGGCUUUCUUCUCAUUCAGUUUUAGUUGUUUACUCAUCGGUAGUUUUAUUAUGGUCACCCGCUUUCAUAUUUUAGUCAGUGAUGAAAAUUCUUCUGCAGAAGUGUGGGAACAAAUUUUUAAUGUCACAGCUCAUAUUCAAAUUGUGAUAUUUAUGAUGUCCAUUAUCGUGUACGUUUCGUUCAUAGAAGAACAACGAACGAAGAUAAUAUCAUAUCUACGAUCAUACAAAAUUUCCAACUUACAUAUGGACGUCAAAAAACAAGUCAAAAUGUUUAUGAAUCAAAUGUCAGUUUGUGGAUUGGACCAAAUUACGGCUUUUGGAUUUUUCGAUGUAAAUUUAAAUCUUGUUACGUCAAUUCUUGUACUAAUUAUUACUGGAAUAACGACUUUAGUACAGAUGAAACAUAAUUCAAUUAUGAUGGAAUUGUACAAUGACACUUAUACAUACCUGGACAGUACAAAGAAAAAUUAGGCUUAAUUUGUAUUACUAAUG